CAACAAAACAAAUAAUUACAAUAUGGGUCUCCUUCCGGUUAGUGCUAACCAUAACAAAGGAACAGAUCACCUCGUUACAUCCCCUUAUAUACUAUCAAUCACGUCCCCUUGUUAACGAUUGCACCUGUUCCUCCAGUCAGCAUUUUGUCUCUGUCACAGGGGCAGAAAUGAAGCCAUCGUAAAACACUGACAAUGUUUUUGUUAUAGAUUUAGUACUAUGUGCACAAUUUCAGAAUUUGCUCCACAGCGCCCCCUCCCCUAGAGGACUCUAAUCGAACUGCAGCAAUCGGUUGCACAGUGUCUGCCACACACAGGCUAUUGUCCUGCCAUCAUGGCUCAGCAACACCAGGACUUCACAAUGAAUGCAGCUGUCCCCGAGAACCAGUCUCCACAGUUCAACUCAGGAGAAUCCAUGAGAGCAGCCCCAGCAGAGGCAGUCCCAAAGGAGGUCCCGGGGCAGGCGGGGUAUGCUCCCCUCCAGAAUGCUGUUCCCCCCAGGGUGGAGGUCAAGGAGAACGGGAUACCCGUUGCAACACACCUGGGAUCAGGGGAUGGUCAAAUGAAAGGUAUUGCUAAGGUUGAAACUGACAAAGAACAAUCAGCGGCUGCUGAUAAAAUAGGAAAGACCCCCGCGCCAUUUUCUGCUAAAGCUAGAGCCACCUUCACCCCAAAACAACCCUCCUCAGUCACAAUAACCCCUUUGAACAAAACCUCCAGCCCGGCUUCGUCCACACCUGCUUCCUCUUCAUUCACUGCUAAAGCCACCAGUGCAGGAUCCAAAGAGGUGAAGGCAAGGACGCAGGGAGGGGAGGAGAGGAGCGGUCUGAAGAGCCCGGCCUCCAGGGCACCAGGUGGUGCUAGAGUGCCAGCGAGUGGAAGCAGAAUCUCUUCCAAAACACCUCAUACCGCAGCGCUAAGAGGACCCUCUGCUGCUUCUGCUUCUAAGACAGAUGAGAGAAAAUCGGGGAGUGGAAAACCUGAUAGAGAUUCCCCAAGGACCCCUGAGCGCAGUGGAUACAGCAGCCCAAGCAAGUCUCCUUCCAGCCGUUCCCACCUGCCGCCGGGAGAGGCCACCAAGGAGGUGAAGAAGGUAGCCGUGGUGCGCACUCCGCCUAAAUCCCCGGCCUCCAUCAAAAACAGGACCCCCGAGCCCCUGGCCCCGAUGCCGGAUCUGAAAAACGUGAGAUCCAAAAUCGGAUCUAUUGAUAACAUUAAACACAAGCCAGGAGGUGGGAAGGUUCAAAUAGUCCACAAAAAGAUCGAUGUCUCUAAUGUGUCAUCAAAAUGUGGCUCCAAGGACAACAUCCGUCACAAACCAGGGGGUGGCAUUGUGGAGAUCAAAAAAGAGAAGCUGGAUUUUAAGGUCCAAUCAAAGAUCGGAUCUCUCGAUAACAUCGGGCAUGUUCCGGGUGGAGGACAGAAAAGGAUUGAAACUCACAAGCUGUCCUUCCGCGAAACAGCCAAAGCCCGCACUGACCACGGAGCUGAAAUAGUCUACAAAUCACCCACUGCCUCUCCAGACGGCUCCUCCUGUCGCCUUAGCAACGUUUCCUCCACUGGCAGCAUCAACAUGAUAGAUUCUCCGCAGCUCGCCACACUCGCUGACGAGGUCUCAGCUUCCCUGGCUAAGCAGGGCUUGUGAUCCCCAUCCCUCUCUGCUUUCUCUGGGAGAAAUGUUACCUCUCCUUCCUUUCUUUUAGUCUUGCGCAGGAUGUCUAUGUGGUUACCGUCAGCUUGCCUUUUGCCAUUCUUUUGCAGUUCAGUUUGUGGCAAGAAAUUUAGACAGGAUUAAAAAUACAGUACUGUAAUUUAAAACCUGUAAAUUUGUGUAGUGUCAUUGACCUUAUAUAGAGGUUAGGUUACAACAUUCUUUGAAGAAACUCUCUUGCAUUUGAUAUAUUUCAAUGCUAAUGUAUGUGGGCGUCUCAGCAUAUAAAAAAGGACAUUUAACACAUUUCACGCAUUUUAUUGAUUUCAAACAUUUCAAAAAUGUCUUUCUUUUAUGUCAGGAAAACAGCCCAGUUUGUAACAUCUCUUAGAGUGGUGAAGAAGAUUUAACUUUAUAAAUUAUAUUUCCAAUAGGGCAGUUUACCUCCAAAUUUUGAAAUGAAAUGUUUUUUUAAUUUUAUUUAUUUGUCAGGCAACAUAGUAAUUAUAGGGGCUGUUUUAGUCCAAAGGCUUUCUUAUGAAACUGUUUUACUUUUUGUCAAUUUAAUUGUUGGGAUCUCAUGAAUUUCCCUUAUGACCGCCAUGUACAGUAUGAUAUUAAUAACACCAAAUCCACUGUUCAUGUAAUGUCACUUUAAGUUAAGAUUGUACUCAAUUCAAUCUGUGCACAGCACUAAACUUGUUGUUAUUCAGCUUUCAGGAUAGCACAUCAGCAGUUGGACCAACAGGAAGGGCGUUUUGGGGGUACACUAACUUAACAGUUGACAGUAGAUUUAUUAAGUGACAGAAAUGCAUAAAGAAUUUUAGUUUUGCUGGUCGUUUACCAGAGAAAGAGAUCGUAAAUUCCAAACGUAUACAAAAGAAAACCUCUUUGGUGGUGCAGAAAACACUUACAUUUUCUGAUUAAGGUGCAGCGUUGUCUUUCAAGCCUAACAGCACAAUGAGCAACGUUUUAGUGAGUUUGUUCUGAUGUUAAAUCACAGUUUCAAUAUAACUGAUUUUGUACUAAUGUCUUACUCUGGAUCAUAAGUGCUCUCAAUUCAAAACUCAAUUAAAAAAAACUCAAAAAAAAAUAAAGUCCAAAUGAAUAUCGGAAAUCAUUCAAACUAAGUGCAUUUUACGUGUAAAUAUUAAAAUCUUUUUUUUUUUUUAGAAACUGUAAUAAAAGCCAGCUGUCAGGCUUAUAUAACCCUGUUUUAUCCUCUCAAAAAGGGACUGCACCUGUUGGUACUGUGCAUAAUAUAGUAGGCAGUGCUUUGAAAUACAGAAUCCUGUGUUUACCGUCAAUAUUUUAAAAGGAAGUUUGUAUAGAGCUAAUAAUAAAAAGUUUACCAGGAAUUGCACAGAGGUAACUCUCUGUACACGUUUUAGGGAACAUUUUAGGCGUUUUCAGUGGCCGCCGCCUCAAAAUAUUUACCUCUCUGACAUAUAGCAUCAGAGCUGGCCAAAUACGUGUUAAGGUUUGCUUUAUGAUGAACUUUACAUACAAAAUAGGGUGAUGUUUAUAUACAUUUUUAUUUUAAAAAUUGAGAGUGGAUGGCACUUUUAGUAAUUAAAAAAAUCCAUCCCAUUUUGGUUUAGAUGGGGGUUUAAAAAAGAUUCUCAAAGUAUAUUCGAUCAAGAGAUGCUGUUUUACAUAGGAAAUGAUAAAGAGAGACUUUGAGAGAGAUGGGUAAUUUCAUUUGCGCACCACAUCUGUGUUUAUGUGUUCAUGAACAUAAUGUUAAUUUUAGCCCGUUUUGAUACUGUCGGUGGCUAACAUAAAUUUAGAUAGCUGUAUUAAUUAUACAGAAAUCUUCUACCCUAGUCAGUCAUUUCUAAAAUAAACUAUUUAUAAUGACAGGCACUUUCUUAUUUUUACAGACAAAAUGAAAAAUUCGGUGUAAAACUCAAGGGAGCAAACAGUACAUUUAUUUGCAUUAGGCAGUAGUGUUUUUAAAUUCUGAUUGUACAUUUGCUGUUCACUUAAUUAGAUCAGUUUGAAGUUUAAAAACUGUUCCUCGGUACAGGGAUUGUAGCAGCUAUUAUUUAAGAGCUGUGAAUACAGUGAGAUUUUUUUUUUUUAAAUAGUUCAGAAUACAUAAUCUUUUAUUAGCUGCUAAGUGCUCGGCCAUUACUUUUCCUGCAAGUUGAAAAUGAUCAAUGUUAAAAGGUAAAUGGCACUAAUCGAUUUCGCACUACCCAUUGAAACUGCUUUCAUGAAUUGUAAGCACUGAUAUCAAAAAAGUAAAUAUUUAUUUAAAAUUAAAGUGUGAUACAUUUUGAUUGAUUAAAAUUGUGUAUGAAAAACCAGCAAGUCAAAGUUCUUUGCAAUCUUGGGCUGCCAGCUGUGAGUGUAAAUUGAUGAAUUCUAUCUCUUAACGUCUGCUUUGAAAGAUUGAAAUAAAUAGUUCCAGGUGGUUACUUCUAAUCUGAGCCCAUAUUACCUGAAAAGAUUGGAUCAGCUGCUUUGCUUUACCAACAAAGCACAGUGGCUUCCUGUUAUGAUGGUAUAUAAUAAAUAGGCACUGCUUGUAAAUGAAAUAUACUGACACACUGAGACUUGGGUUCAGGUUUGAACUGGAAAAAAAAUACUUGGGAAUUUCUUUAACUUUGCAUUACCUAAAAACACUACCCCUGCCAUUAGAACAUCGUUUUAUGCUUACAUAUGAAACAGCUUUGCAUGCAUGAACCAGGCCUGCAGUUUUGUGGGUAAGUUGUCUGCACACAAGCAAAUAGUAGCCCCUCUAGUUUUUUUAUGCAGUAGUUUUCCAUUAUUGAAACCCAGCUAUGUACCGAUAAUUAAAAUGUUACGAAACCUCCGAAUUUUAAAUAAUUAAAAUGUUUUUCACUCAUCAAGUUCAGAACACAAAAUAUCACACUUAAUUAUUUGUAUUUUAAUACUGAGAGAACCCAGUUACUCCCAAAUAUUUACAAACUAUUGUGUUUGUCUAUAUCUUCACUGUUUCAUUUUUUUUCAAUUUUAUUUUUUUAUUGAAUCUAAAAAAAUAAUUUUGAUAUAUUUGGUUUGGAAAUAGUUAAUUCAUGAGGCUUUUCUGGAUUGUAAAUUAUUUCUAGCAGGUAGUUUCAACCUUGUUUUUUUGCUGAGUUUAAUGUAGUUCUAGCUUUGCAACUGUGAGUGUCCAUAUCGUUAUUGUGUGUUUUAAUAAUAACUGGUGUACACUGAUAAUUGUUGCUGUAAGUGAAUUUGGAAAUAAAUUUUGGAAACAUAAUUGUCGUAAUUUAUUUUAUUCUUCAUUGUGCAUUUCAUCAGCUGACAAACUGCUUAUAACUAUUGUAUUUCUAGCACCAGACAAUUUAUCUGUUUGCAUCAUCAUCUUUUAAAAAAAAUUAUUAUAUGAAGAAAUUAAACUUAAAAUAAAUCC